AGAUUUGGCAUGGAGAAAGCGGAAAAUGGCCCUCUGCAUUUCUGCCUGCGUGUGUGCGUGCGGGUGUGCAUGUGUGGGAGAAGCAGCAUCAAAGCAAGAUGUGAGACUUGUUUGCCGAGAAAGGGGUGUGCUGGUUUCUCGUGGAUGUCGUGAGGAGAGCAGCAGCAAGAAAAUGCGCAAGAAUAACGUGGAGAAAAUGAGAGCGGGAAUGCUGUGUGGGAUGUCUCGACGAUGGGGCCAAGGCCCGAACGCAGCAAGAGCAGGAAACAGGGCUGGAGGGCGUGUGAGCGCGAGGGGGAGGGAGAGGCCCGUAUAUUGAAAAUAAGUGCUCAUAUACACCCUGUCUAUUCAUUCAUUCUAGCCCAAGCACCGGCCUACUGCCCGCGCCUUCUUUCAGGCCGGCCCUGUGCCAUUCUCGCUGCCUGGCAAAAGGGGAAUAUUCAAGACAGCCCUUUUUUCGUCUCUCCCCUAGCACCACGGCGGCAGCAGCGAGAGAAACAAGAGAGGGCCAUGAGACACUUUUGCGAUGUAGACGAGCGAAGAGAAAAAUGACAGCAAUCCUGCCAGAGGGGUGAUGAACGUGCAGCUUUUUUUUCCCAUCCCGUUUUAUCAUGCAACAACAGGCCCAUGCUCGCCUGAGACGGGCUGCAACAGCGGCAUCAGCAAAGCCUGGCCGCCUGCCUGCCUGC